UUCUAUAUCUAUCGUCUAUGCGCCUCUCAUUAAUUUUAGUCUCAUGGAUUUCAGCGUUAUUUUAUUUAUUUCUUUUUUUUUUCAAUUAUUAUUAUUAUUUCAAACUUCACCUUCAUACCCGCGCUCAAAAGCAAGAAUCCGUUGAUUAUUUCUGAAACAAAUUAAAAAAAUCAAACACCCGUUUUAUUUUAAUUUCUUUUUUUCUAGAGAGAGAGAGAAAACUGAAAACCCACCCCACUUUCGGACAGCAAGAAAAAGCAAACCCUCAUCUCUUGAACCCCAUAAAAAAACACAGUCCCAUGUUUUAAUUUUUUUUUUCAAUUUUUUUUCUGAUACACAUUCUUGAAUUGUAAAAUCCAAAUCUCGAGGCAGGUAGUACAAUUUUUUUUUUCUUACAUACACAUAUAUAUGUGAGAAUCUUGAAAAAAAUUAAUCAUAAUUAGGAGGGUUUGAUUUUCCUGUGUUAAAUUGCCCAAGUUUGAAUUUUUAUUUGUGGGUUGAUUCUGUAAAGAGGGAUUAAAAAGACUCGAUCUUUUUCAUUAGGGUCUUGUUUCAAUUUUUUUGCUUUUUGUUAUAUAAAAUAAAAUAAAAAUAAAAUUAAUCACUCCCAAAAAAGGAGUCUUUGCCCUUGAGCAUGCAAGAAAGGGGAGGAAUCUACAAGUUGCAGAGGAUAUGAUGAAGAAGAAGGUGAUUAAUACCACUGAUUUAAUUAAUGGUGAAGUGCCUAAGCAGAAGGAAAGGCAUAUUGUUUCUUGGUCACAAGAGGAAGAUGAUAUUCUGCGGGAGCAAAUCAGAGUGCACGGCACCGAAAAUUGGGCGAUAAUUGCGUCGAAUUUCAAGGAUAAGACGACAAGGCAAUGUCGAAGAAGAUGGUUCACUUAUUUGAAUUCCGAUUUCAAGAAAGGAGGAUGGUCGCCUGAGGAAGACAUGCUCUUAUGUGAGGCACAGAAGAUAUUUGGGAACAGAUGGACCGAGAUUGCAAAGGUGUCUCAGGCUAGGACAUAUAUCUCCGAUAGAGCAGAAAACCAAGAAGACAAAUUAGCUGGUGAAUGUGGUGUGGCGGAUCAUCUGCUUAGACCUCCGUUUUGCACUGAAAAUAACAAAAUUCAAGGUACGUUUCUUGAUAAGGACGAUCCGAAAGUGAUUGCGUUGAUGCAACAAGCGGAAUUGCUGAGUUCACUUGCAAGCAAAAUUGACUCGGAGAAGACUGAACAGAGCUUCGAAAGUGCAUGGAUGGCCCUUCAAGAUUUUCUGAAACAAAAGAAAGAAAGCGAUGUGCUCCCUUUUGAAAACCCCGAUCCCGAUUUUCAACUCGAGAAGUUCGAAGAGAUGGUGGAGGAUUUAAGGAGCGGUGAUGAAUACAGUAGACCAUCUUGGAGGGAAUCUGAUGUGUACGACUCGUCGCCUGCCAGCUCCGAAUACAGUACGGGGUCGACUAUGGUGUCGAAUGCGCCAGGUGGCAAAACAGAAGAAUGCCACGCUGAAAUUGAACACAAAUUGCAAUCAGAUCAAUUGGAUGGUCUGGAUUCUCUUGUUGAGGAAAACGGAAUAUGCCAUGCUGCAGUCACAAAUGAAGCGAACAUGUUAACAUACGAUGAAAUAAAAAACGACGGUGAAGCAGUGUGUGAAUAUUCUGGGGCUGAAUUUGGUUCACCGCUCCACGUGACUCCGUUAUUCACAGCAUUGGCAGCAGCUAUUCCCAGCCCAAAAUUCUCGGAGAGUGAAAAGCACUUCUUGAUGAAAACACUAGGAAUGGAGUCGACAUCACCAAGCCAAAUCACAAAUGCUUCGAAUCCUCCACACUGCAAGAGAUCCCUUCUCCAUUGUCUAUGAGACUAUCACAAGUAUCUCAUGCAGAGUUUGAAUUUUUAACCACAACUAGUAAAGGGCGUUUUCGUAAAAGUAUAGAGCUUUUUUUUUUUUAAUUAUUAUUAUUCUUUUUGGAGUUCUUUGCUCUUGGAUUGCAGCCAUCUCGACCUGUGUUUUUUUUCCAGGGGGCCCGCGAAGAUCUCCUUCUGAACAUAGGGUGCUAAGGAAGC